AUGCAGCUGGAGGAUUGGCUGGAUGACCUCUGUGUCCGAUUCAUCAUAAACCUGCCCCCGGAGGAGCUUGAGUCCGUGGAGCGCAUUUGCUUCCAAGUCGAGGAGGCGCAAUGGUUCUACGAAGACUUCAUUCGGCCCCUUGACCCUUCCCUGCCUUCUCUUUCUCUACGUGCCUUCAGUCUACGCAUCUUUCAACACUGUCCGCUUUUCUCGCAAUGGUCUGCCCAGCACCAUACUACCGCUUUCGCAGAGUUCCUGGCAUACAAAUCCCGCGUACCCGUCCGAGGGGCCAUUCUGCUGAAUGAGUCGAUGGAUGAGGUCGUCCUUGUGAAAGGCUGGAAAAAGAGCGCAAACUGGAGCUUCCCCCGUGGGAAAAUCAAUAAGGAUGAAAAUGAUCUUGAUUGUGCGGUGCGGGAAGUCUAUGAAGAGACUGGCUUCGACAUUCGCGAGGCUGGACUGGUCAAGGAUGAAAAAGACAUGAAAUAUAUCGAAGUUACAAUGAGAGAACAGCACAUGAGGCUAUAUGUGUUCCGAGGAGUACCCAGAGACGCUCAUUUUGAACCCAGGACACGGAAGGAGAUCAGCAAGAUCGAAUGGUACAAGUUGACAGAUUUGCCUACCUUGAAAAAGAACAAUCAUCGCCAGCAUGAAGGUAGCGGGACCGACCCUGCAUCACUCAACGCAAAUAAGUUUUAUAUGGUGGCACCUUUUUUGAAUCCACUCAAGAAAUGGAUAGCUCAGCAACGAAAGAAGGAAAACCGCUACAGUUCGCACCUUGCAGCACCCCCCAUGGUGCCCGAGGACGUGACUACUGAGGAUGAACAGAACGGCGUCGGGGCACGCGCUGAAGAACCCUUGCCACUGGCUGUCAGCGAUUUGCCCGAAGUUUCCGAUCCUCCUGCGGUCGACCCAAGUUCACAUCUCAAGGGGCUCCUUCAUAUUGGAGGCCAGGCUGCCCCGCCUCAGGCAGCGUUGCCACCAAGUCAUAUGCCGCAGGUUGACACUGAGAAGUCAAACGCUCUUCUGGCUCUGCUGCGAGGCGACUUGCAGGGCCAGCCCGCUGCCAUACCACGGACUCCGCUUGAACAGAUCUCCUUGCCGCCUGAGGUUCAACCGUCGCCGCAAAUCUCACAUGUCCGGCAGCCACAGAUUGAUCAAGCCCAGCCCCCACCUCCAUUCCAACCGCGACUCCAAGAUCAGGUGUUGCUCCCUGCACAGCCAUUUCAGCAGAGAUCAAAUGAUUCCAUCUUCGCCUCCAAUACGGCCGCUUAUCCCUCUGAUAACACCCCGCGGGCCACACCAUUUCAGAGAACCACCGAUCCGUUGUUUGGCCCUGGAGGAGCGAUACAGCACGAACAAGCAACCAUACCACCAGCCAGCGCGUUGCCUAAGCUGACCAAUCAUACCAAAGCGUUAUUGGACGUUUUCAAAGGAGCGACGAGCCCAAGUAUUCAGCCAUUAACCCAUUUUGAGACCCCAGCCCCGAAUGCUUUGAGUCGGGUUGAGACAUUGCGGCCACUUCAAGUGCAAAGACAGAACAUGCCACCCAACAACCCGCUCACAGCCGAUCAUGCUAUCCAAGGCAAUGGCAAAAGCCCGGCCCCUUGGACUUCGAACGCGUUGUUCCAACCAACCGCAAAUGCGGGAUUCGAAAGCCAGGUCUCUUCUAUGCUGCCUUCUGCACGACCUCGAAGUGCACAGCAAACAUCCCUUCUUCAGCUUUUCACUCAACCAUCCCCACCGAAGCCAACGGAGAGCUCAAUCGCUACUCGUCCACCACCAGUGGAGCUCGCAGCGACAGCGGCUACUACUUCGUCUCUGAGAUCGAAAGUGAACAAGGACGAUCUUCUCUCCUUGUUGGGAAAGAGUGGUCGAGAAUCGUCGCGAAACGCAGCCGAGACAAAGCGGCCAAAUCCAAGAGAGGGUGAAACGUCUGCUACUAUCAGUGGCCCGUUGAAUCAACCCGAAUUCGAAGUGAUCUCCCGGGCGACCAGGCAUGCGACAAACGAGAUGGGUCGAAGUCCACUUCCGGCCAACAGAACGCUGUACGAUCCCAAUCAACCAGCACCGGUCAAGAUUUUGACACGAUCAGAAGAAUCUCGCUCUCAGCCUCCGCGGUCUCCGAGAGGGGCCAAAUCAACCUCGAGGCGUGCGGCGAAGGAAAGAGCAAUGCCAAAGGAGCAAGCCAAACCGUUCCAACCUCAAAUUCUUCGUCGGCCGCAAACCGUUGAAGCAGCCAUGGCUGGUGGGCUCACCGCUACAAGCGAGGCUCCAAAUCAGCAGCCGAUUUCGACGGCAGCGGCUGCUUCGCCGCCUGCCGCUCCGGCAGGUUUUAGUGGAAAUUCGACGCCGGCCCAGAAGCCUUCCCAAACGGAGGCACAGAAACAAACAUUGCUUUCUCUCUUUGGUGGAGGACUGGACACUGCGGCUAGUACAACAACAUUGCCGCCCAAUUCGGGGAUAGUGUCGCCUUUGACGUCCAGUCAAAUCUUCAACGCCAGUGGCGAGAUGCCGCUAUCUGGGACUGAGCCUAUCUCUACUCGGACAUCCCGUGUGGGUAGCAUGGCAUCGAUCGUGAGUGGGCCAGGAACAGGGCGUGCGGCAGGCGAAAAGCGACAAACUGGAGCUGAGAAUAAGGCAUUCCUUUUGGGCUACUUGGGCAGAAUCGCAAGCCAGGAGCAAUGA